GAGGUAUGCCUUGUCUUCACUCUAACUCCACUGUUGUUGUUUUCGCCAACGAUUACUUUGCUUUCCUUCACUCUCAACCUUCUAAACCAAUCAAAUCUACAAGAACCCAACUAGAGCAGCCAGUGAUAAACUCAUCGAAAAUCACAACUGUUGAGGAUGCUUUCAAUGUGUUUGAUAGAAUGCUUCAAAUGCGUCCUCCGCCUUCAGUUGUUCGUUUCACUCAAAUAUUGGGUCAAGUUGCGAAAUUGAAACAUUAUUCGGCCGUCAUCUCCUUGUAUAACCAAAUGGGUGUGUCGGGAAUUGGACCUAAUGUUUAUACUCUAAACAUUCUCAUAAAUUGUUAUUGUCAUCUAAACCAAAUGGGGUUUAGUUUAUCUGUCUUGGGAAAAUUCUUCAAACUUGGUCUUGAACCAGAUGUCUUUACCUUCACUACUCUAAUCAACGGCUUUCUUCUUGGGAAUAGAGUGGCGGAGGCGGCAGGAAUUUUCAACAAAAUGAUUGCGGGAGGUAAUUGUCAGCCUAAUGUGAUUACUUAUGGCACACUAUUAAAGGCCGUUUGCAUGAAAGGUAACAAUAGUGCUGCUAUUCAGUUGCUUAGGAAGAUGGAGGAAGGAGCUUGCAAGCCUGACCUAGUUGUCUAUAACACAAUCAUCGACAGUCUUUGUAAGGAUACACUAGUGGAUGAUGCAUUUAACCUUUUCUCAGAAAUGAUGAGCAAGGGUUUUGCCCCAGAUGUCAUUACCUAUACAUCCUUGAUUCAUGGAGUUUGCAAAUUAGGCGAGUGGAAAAAAGCUACAAGGUUGUUGAAUGACAUGGUGAGUAAAAAUAUCUUUCCAGAUGUGGUCACGUUCAACAUCUUGGUAGACACACUUUGUAAGGAGGGGAUGGUCGUGGAAGCAGAAGGCGUAGUUGAAAUGAUGAUUCAGAGAGAUAUUGAUCCUAAUACAGUUACGUACAGUUCACUCAUGGAUGGUUACUGUUUGCGAGGACAAAUAGGAAAGGCACAAAAUGUUUUUGAACUAAUGCUUAGCAAGGGCUCGAUGGUUAAUGUUGUUAGUUACAACACAUUGAUACAUGGAUAUUGUAAGCUUAAAAAAAUAGAUGAGGCCAUGAUGCUUUUUCUGGAUAUGUCUCAUAGGGGACUAGUUGCAGAUACCAUUACUUAUAACACUCUUAUGGACGGUUUUUGCAAAGUGGGUAGACUAGAUGAUGCACAAAAGUUGUUCUCCGAGAUGCAAGCUUGUGGCCAGCUUCCAAAUGUUCAAACUUAUUCUAUUUUACUGGAUGGCCUGUGUAAAAACCGACAACUUUCUAGGGCAAUGCAAUUGUUUGGAGAGAUGGAAGCGAAGAAGUUGGAUAUUGAUAUUGUGAUUUACAGUAUUCUCAUUGAAGGUUUGUGCAUAGCUGGAAAAAUUGAAUCUGCAAGGGAUCUCUUUGGUGGUUUAUCAUCAAAAGGACUUCAACCUGAUGUAAGGACAUACACUAUAAUGAUUAAUGGACUCUGUAUCGGGGGCCUAACAAGUGAAGCGGAAAAGUUGCUGGUUGAAAUGGAAGGGAAAGGCUGUUCUCCUGAUGGUUGGACCUAUAACACAAUUAUCCGAGGGUUCAUGCAUGAUAAACAGACAUCAAGGGCGAUGGUGCUUAUUCAAACAAUGGUAGAGAAGGGUUUUUCUGCAGAUGCAUCAACAAUGGAGUUGAUAGUUAAUUUACUGUCGAAAGAUGAAGUGGAUCCUGCUUUGUUGCCGUUAAUAAAGUAAUCUUUCUGAAAGUAAUAAGCAUAUAUGGAUAAUGAAAUUUGAAACUGCUGCACCUUUGACGACCGUGAAGAUAUUACAGUGGUUGUGUGUAUGGCACGAGGUGAAUAUGCCUUCUCACUUGCAUCCGGAAUUUCUGGUAUUAAUUCUGUUUAAUGGAAUUUCCGUUGUAUUUUACUAUUUAUUAUGAGAAGCUCUGUUUCAAAAAAAGAUCCCAUAUGAACCUCUGUCCACUGAUGCAGAGGCGCAGUUGCAGGGUAACCCCAUGCAGCCAUGCAUUUGCAUUUAUUAGGGAUUUAAGGGUUCUUGUAUGAUUUUAGUUAUAAGUUAUAACACAUUACUUUUUCUCUAACUUCUCUCCUACAAAAAGUAUAAUUCCCCUCACCGCAUGUAUAUCAUAUGAAGGUUUCUGGUAACUUACUAACGUAAGCUUUAAUGAUUAGAAUGAGAAAUUAACUUGUGAAUUUAAAUUAUUAAUAAUCCCCAUGCUAUCUGUUAGUGUUUUUGUCUUUGUGUUUUUUGAAUAAAAAGAGGAAAUUAAAGAAGACAUCCGCGGGCCAACGCAAAACUUAAAGCACAUCAAACAAAAGCAUAUUCUUAGACUAAUGUAGCAUGAUCUUUAGCAGCAGAAGCAGGUGGUACUUAUUCAACAAAUGGUGGGGAAGGGUUUCUCUGCAGAUGCAUCAACAAUGGAGUUGGUAGUUAAUUUAUUGUCCAAAGAAAAAGUUGAUCCUGCUUUUUUGGCGUUGAUAAAAAAAAUCAUUGUGAAAUGAAUGUGCAUCUGUGGACAAUGAAAUUUGAAAUUGCUACACCUUUGACAACCAUGAAGGUGUUAUAUAUAUGGGUCUGGAUCAGGGGACACUUUUUUACCUUUAUCAAGAGAAAGGAAAGUUAUUCAAAUGCUGAUAGUCUAUUUGUUGAUAACGAAAUGAGGGACAGUUCACUUCUAUCUUCUUGCAGUGUUUCAGUAACAUCUAAUGGUACCCUCAGAACUUGGUAAGCAGAUCUUCUGGUUCAGAGAGGCCGUUGGAGCAUUCCCUUCUGCUUCCAAAUGAAGUCCCAGGGAAGCAGAGUGUUAGAUUCCUGGAUGAUGCAGCUAAUGCUGAUUUCAGUGCUGCUGUUGACAAGGGAGAGAGUAGCAUAAUCCAAAAAUAUAUUAUCGAUGGACUUUGACACUUGGGAUGACUCAAUAGCGUCACCACAGCAUUUUUUGAAAUUGUUGGAUGAAACUGAUAGACAGCCUGGCUGGAGAUCUCAAAAUGUCAAGUCCCUGGAGAGUACAAAAUAACAAGCAGUCCAGAUUCUCUUUUGCAAGACAGGAGGAUUCUAAAAAUCAAGCAUUCGAUAUACAUUAUAUCUGAAUGUCGUUGGGCAGAUUUCUAAUAACCGAAAUAGAGAUUUAGGUUUGGAGAAUCUUGGAAUUGGAAACGUUCUCUCGUCUAGCUCUUUUGAAGACCCUGAAAUCAUGGCAGCAAUCAUUUAGCUUUUUCUUCUAACUAGCUUUCUGUUGAGAACUGUCUUGCCUUAUGUUACUCUUUCUUCUUCUGCUGAUACCUAUCUUUGUUAUAUUUGCUGCCUUCCAUUGGUCAUAAUAGGAAUUUGUUUAUGUUCUUUCUUGAUGUUCAGCGGCAUUCAUUUUUUCAGUGCCCAACAUUUUGUUGCACGCACUCAAGAUUUUAAAUAAAUUAAAUAAAUAAAAAAUAAAUAAAAAGAUUCCUUGCAUCAUCUGCUCUCCAAUGUCACAUAACCAUACUCCUGAGACCCUUCUGCUAUUCGUCUGUGGGGGUUUAUAUGGGCUGCUUAUUUAUUGUAUGUUGUAUUGUUGGAAAUGAUUUUAUGGUUGGAGUUGAUCUUUUUUAUUUUCGUUUCCUGUAGUUUGAAUUAUCUAAUAGGUUCAUGAGCGUAAUUAAUUUCCAAUUAUGUGCUUAAAGUUAUUGUUUAUUCUGAUCUCAUAGUGAUUAUUAUUAGUAUCAAUUUUCUUAAUGGGUUUUCACUUCUUUUCUUUGCUGCCCUGGGGGUUGUUUUUUUUCAUACUUUGGUUGGUUUCUAGCCAUUAUUAAAAGCUUUCGGCAGUUUCAAGGGCCCAAAUUUCUGCUCCUCCUGGAUUUUCUGUGCCAAGCAGGGCACCACCAUCAGGCUUUACUUUCAUGAGAGCAUGGAUCAGGAGUUUGACUAUCUGGCUGGCAACUGGUAAUAUUGGUAGCUCUGGGGAUAUUGAGUUUAUGGAUCCAGCUAUAUUGGCGGUUGGUAAAGGGCGACUGCAAGGUGGGCUUAACAAGCCCAGCCUUGAAAUGAGAUCGAACUUCCCUUCACAGUUAAGUGCCUAUGAAAAUGAUGCAAGGCUUCAACUGUUGAUGCAAAGAUCCCUCACCCCACAACAAAACCUUAGAUUUCCUGAUAUUUGUGAUAGUUUUUCUCACGUCAGUGAUUGUUAUGGAAUUUUUUUCAAGGCGUUUGGAUCAAUCCCAGGCUGGCCAUCUAUCCUUUUUUUCUCAAUUGUCCCUCCAACAACAGUCUAGAAACCGGGUCAUGUCCAAUGGCCACUGGGAUGGGUGGAAUGAGCCUCAGGGUGGAAGCACUCUGGGUAUGGCAGAGCUCUUGAGAAAUGAGAGACUAGGAUUCAACGAGUAUUAUUCUGGUUAUGAACAUUCAAAGUUUCGGAUGCCCAGUUCUGGUGAUCUGAAUAACACAGUUUUUGGGAUGUAAUAUUGCAAAAUGAUAGCUUUGCAUGGUUGGGGAAUGUUCAAAAGGAAUUGAGGGCUGUGUGGUUGUGUGAGCUUGUACUCAAGGAUAGGAUGGGACUGACUCAUAACUGGCCUUAGCCUCGGCAGUCUCACAUAGGGUCAAACUCCUGUAACUUUUGGGGUCUCUCAUCCUGCUGGUAGGGAUGAAUUUCUUGUUUAGGUUUUUGUAUGUGUACAUAUUUUAAUUUUUCUAGUUUGUUAUCAUGGCCGUAUAUAGGAGAAGAAUGGAUCUAUUAUUGCCUGCUGGGCUAUUGUUAGUGCAUCUGCUUUCUCCUCUUUUUGUUUUCAAUUCCAACUAAAUGCUGCUUUUAUUCUUCCCCAGCCUCUUCUCCCCCUCCAAAAGAACAUAAAUUUUAUAUUCCUUUGAUUUAGACAUUAUGGUUAGCAUGUUUUGUGCAUUGAACCAACCUCUGUGUCAUGCGAGACUUCGCUUCUGUUUCUAGAAGUGCCACUGUGCCAAUUCACUUAAAGUAGGUAAGAAUGCCUGGCUUUUGGGUCCCCACACCCUCUUUCCCUUUGCUAGAUUUAAGUUGGAGUGAAUUACUGGUAUGUGCAUUUUCUUGUACUGAGUUGGGCUUCUACUUUGUAUGUGUUUGCAGGUGGGGUGAUAAAUGCUUGAUGUGAAGCUUGUAUUGCAGGGUGCUGUGUAUGGUCAAUUCAGACCCGCUGAUCAUCCAGAUGAUGAUUAUUCAACUCCCUGCUGUACCGGUAUUUGAUUGCUGCUCUCACAACUAAAUGGAUGAAAUCUGACCCUUUUGGGGAGUUUAUACUGCGCUAACUGUUUAACAUGUCAAAAUGGAUAUUAAUGAAUUUACAAAUUUUUUUUUUUUCCUUCUACAUUUCUUUUUGUACUGUGUUUGCAAAGUUUAAAACAGAAAAGUGAUUGGAAUUAAAAAUUAUUUCGUGCAAUAAUAUUCUG